AUCUCAUCAUAAUCAAGGUGUAAUUUUUCCUUCUCCUCGGGCGUCGAGCGGUCCUGUACUGUUGGAGAGGAAUCCAUGAGCGUAUAGGAAUAUUUACAUUACAGCCGUAGAUUCAGCUGUAUUUAAGCUUAUCUUCAACAAAAGAUCUUCUCGUUGACAUAAACAAGAGCAUGACUCAGAUUCCUGAAAUCUCUGAAAAAAGUGGUGAUCCAAUCAAGAUUGGAACGGUCGGCACAAUAGGCUCUUUAAUGUCCCAGGAACUAGAUUCCAUGAACUCAGCCCAAGCAGCUUCAUCCUCUCAAAAUAAAAAUUUGACCACCCCUCCUUGCCUUCCCUGUGUUGAUACCUCUAGCACACAACCAAGUAAAAUUCAAUCCAACGAAGCCAGCAGCAGCAACAACCACAAUGCUCAUCCUCACCACCUUUCUAACUCCCAGAAACUCAACAAGCAAAAACCUCUGAAAAAUGGCCAGCGAGCUCCAAUUUUGACCAACGAAGCCAUCCCAGACAAGAAAACUAGAAGAAACAGGCCCAGCACAAAAGGACGGCGCACUUACAUCGUUGAAGUUGUGGAUAUUAAGUGCGGCAAUCCUAUGAGCAGCAGGCUGAAGAAGUUUGGCUUCACCAAAUUAUCCGAAACAAUUGGUUAGUUUUGCAUCAGUUUGUUGCCAUGAGUUCUUUGUUUUGUGCAGCCUGUUCCCUCAACAACUAAGCAUAUGCUUCUGCUGCUGAGUGCCUUAUUCUUCUGGAGCCUAAUAUGAGAUCACUUUCUUUGACUUGUGAGCUCCUGCGGUGAUUUUUUUUCGGAUUUUUAUGUAUCCCAUCUUCCUGGAAGAGGAAGGUUUCAUAAUUUUACUUUUCCUACCUCACCUGUAGAAGUUUAAUCUGGGAGAAGAGAAACAUAAUUCUAGUUUAGGAAAGUUGUUGGACACAUAAAUGUUUAUUUAGAUGAAGGAUAAGGAACUCAUACUAAUUCUGUGACAUUCUUCCUAUG